AUGGUUCUCCAAAUUGGCAAGCGGGAGCUCCGUGCUCUGGGAAUACUUCCGCCAAACAAGCGUCGACGGUUCCAGUCACCACAAGACGAGCCUUCCACGGCUGCAGAUGCACUCUUCCAGGUUUCUGAGGAUGCUGAUACGGAUAACCAGCAAGGCACGGGAGCUCGGAUCGAUCACAACGCCCAACCUCAUGUCGAAAACCGCACGGGAGCACCACGUAUAGCCUUUCCAGAGAUACAAACUGUCUACAAUCUGCAGCCUAUCGACAGUACCGAAGUUCAGGCUACGAAAAGCACUCUGGGGAAAGAGGAGAAUCUCAAGCAACGAGAAUGCUCCGUCUGCACGGAGACCUAUCCACUAGCUCAAUACCCUCGUCUGCAAGACUGCACGCACGAUCCUGAUGUGUGUCGCAAUUGCUUCGCUGAGUGGUUGAGCAAUGAAGUAGGAAGUGCCGCUGUCGACCGUAUUGAAUGUCCUUCUUCACAGUGCAAUGCUGUAUUUUCCCACGAAGAUGUUCUCAAGUACGCGUCGGUCGAUGUCUUCGAACGAGCUUCCUCCGCAACUAGCCCGACUUCCGCUACUGUCUUCGACCUGGAUGCCCUUUCGGACAGAAUCAUGACAGUGGAGCAGAAGGCAACAACAUCUUCCGUUGCAACUCUUGCGGCUUCCGCGUAUGCACGACGCACGACCUACCUAUGCACGACGGCGAAACUUGUGAACAAGCAGGAACUGGCGAGCCGAGCCGAGAUUCAGAAGAUCUCCGAAAAGUGCCCUGGUCAAGAUUGCGGAUAUAACAUCCAGAAGACUCAAGGAUGUGAUCAUAUGACUUGCAGCCAAUGCAAAUUCGAGUUUUGCUACCAAUGUGCGGCUCCAUACCGCGGCAAGGAAGGUAUCAACAAGGUUGGAAACAAUGCGCAUGCACGAACCUGUCCGCAUCAUACAGCCAAUCUGAAAGUCCAAGGCGGAGGGGCACCCUAUGGGAUGAGAGGUCCCUACCCACCCCAUCCCAGAAUGAUAAAUCAGCAAAUGGUAUCAAAGAAGGUGUCCAUGACCCCUGAGUCUUCGCCUGAGUCUUCGCCUGAGUCUUCGCACGAGUCUUCGUUUGAUUCUUCGUUUCAAGGAAUGUCUGAGAUAUUGCACGGGGCAUCCACGAAAGGGCGCGCAGGAGCGGCCGUGCCACCACCCAAACGUGAGCAAGAUAUGAGUCGAGCUGACUUUGUUGGAACACUUGGAGGCCCCUCCAAACUCGCCGACGCAGCGGAUGGUGGGGAAGCUUCAGGUGAAUGUGUGCCUUCUAUAAAUCGAACUUCCUCGGGCUCACUAAAUCCCUCUAUCCGCGGCGAGAGCCCUUCUGGUGCAUCCGGAAGCGAGCAGGUCCAGGAAGAAGGAUCCCAUUCUUUGGAGAAUUUUGGAGGACGCCUGCCUGAUUUGGACGAUAAUGACGAUCUUUACAACUAG